GGCUCUGUAUAAAGCCCGGGAUUGACUUAGAAGAACUUUAGUCACAGCCAAGACAGACAAGCUGAGGACAAAAGACCACACAGGAUUCAAUAGAGAGUGCGCCCAUCAGCGUUGCCUGCCAGAUCUCCAACUCUACACAAGCGCCCGAUAGGAUCCUACUGACUCUACCACCAAAGUCUACUGGCUCAUAUACGCUCUACUCUUCAAACUUUACUAGCCUGGUCUACAAUCAUCUUGGAUAACUUCCAAACCUAGCUUGUAAAUACCCGACAUCUACUCAAGAACGUUGUCCUUCUUCUCGCCUUGGUCCGAGGAGAUACCUGCCUUGAGUUCCCAAUUCUUAGUUCCAGUAAGACUGUGCUGACUUCGGCUUCAUCCUCAAUUUUACACGUGAAAGUUAAUACCAUGACAGCGAGGACUCCACUCGUGCUCGUGAUGGUGCUACUGUGUCUUCCGAUGGUGGAGGCCGCCGGCGUGUUUGAACUGAAGAUCCACUCCUUUACCAGCCCUCGCAGUGUGUGCGUUGCCGGCCGUUCCUGUAACAUCUUCUUCCGCGUGUGCCUGAAGCACGCCCAGCCCGUGGUGUCACCAGACCCUCCGUGCACAUUCGGAACGGCCCUGAGCGACCUGAUGGCUGUGGAUCCAGGUGCCAUAUCGGCCAGCAGCCCCAUACGAGUCCCCUUUCACUUCAAGUGGCCGGGCAUUUUUUCCCUUAUUAUUGAAUCCUGGAGCACGCACACAGCGGAGAAGUCUACAGAAAACCCCAACAACCUCCUCAGCCGCCUGGCUACUCGUAGACGCCUGUCUGUCGGGGAGGACUGGUCUCAGGACAUCCACCUGGGGCAGCAGAGCGAAUUACGUUACUCCUACCACGUCACCUGCGACGAGCACUACUACGGCGAUAGCUGCUCCGACUACUGCCGACCCCGGGAUGACACUUUCGGCCAUUACGUCUGCGACCAAGAGGGAAAGCGCUUGUGUCUGAACGGCUGGAAGGGAGAAUACUGUGCCGAGCCUAUCUGUCUUCCUGGCUGCAGCGAAUCUCAUGGUUUCUGUGAGGUGCCAGGGGAAUGCAAGUGCCGCAUGGGAUGGCAAGGUCGGCUCUGUGACGAGUGCGUACGGUACCCCGGCUGUCUGCAUGGAUCUUGCUUGCAGCCCUUCGAAUGCACCUGUCAGGAAGGCUGGGGCGGCCUUUUCUGCAAUCAAGAUCUGAACUACUGCACCAAUCAUAAGCCAUGCCAAAACGGAGCCAGCUGCACCAACACUGGGCAGGGCAGCUAUUCCUGCAACUGCCGACCUGGCUACACAGGAACCAACUGCGAGAUUGAGAGCAACGAAUGUGCCAGCAAUCCAUGUAAAAACGGAGGCAGCUGCAAUGACCUAGAAAAUGACUACAAAUGCGUGUGCCCUCGAGGCUUCUACGGCAAGAACUGCGACAUUAGCGCCAUGACAUGCGCCGACGGUCCCUGUUUUAAUGGUGGCACCUGCGUAGAGAAAAGCAUUGUGGGCGGUUACGUCUGCCGCUGCCCUAUAAACUACCACGGAUCCAACUGCGAGAAAAAGAUUGAUCGUUGCACCAACAACCCCUGCUUGAAUGGCGGCCAUUGCUUGGACAUCGGGCGUAACGCGGUCUGCAAAUGCCGCGUGGGCUUUUCGGGACCUCGUUGCGAAGUGAACGUCGAUGACUGCGCCAGCAACCCCUGCGCCAACGGCGGCACCUGCGUAGACGCGCUCAACACAUACACUUGUUCCUGCACUCUCGGCUACGGCGGUAAAGACUGUACCCAACGAGUGGACGUCUGCAGCUCUAGGCCCUGCCUGAACGGAGGCACUUGUUACACCCACUUCAGCGGCCACGUCUGCCAAUGCCCCUCGGGGUACAUGGGCUCCAGUUGCGAGUUCAGGGUGCAAGAACCCACUUCGUCUUCUUACUACGCCGACCCACCGUCCAACGUGGCCCUGACCGCCUGCCUGGGGGUGAUCACGUUUUGUUUGUUGGCGUGUGGACUGGUUCUCCUCAUGCGAGGCCUUAAGAAAGGGCUGAUCAGCCAGAAAGGGAUGGUCAACAACGACCUGGAGCACAAGAACAACCUGAAGGAGAAGGAGCCGUUCCUUAUCUCCCCUCCUCAUUUCAAAAUGCCCAAUCAGGACUGUCUUAGGGAAAAAUCCCGGAGCAAGCAGAAACUGCUGCCGACAUCGGACAUGGAAGAGGAAAGAGAUGGGCGACGUACAAAGGCAGAUGUCAGACAAAGCAACACACCGGGGCAGCACCAAGACCCUCUCUUUCAUCCAGUCUACCUGCUCCCUGGCUCCUCAGAGCAGUGUGUGUUCGCCACUGAGGUGUAACCCACUUCAGACACAGGACUGACCAUCAUCUUUAUACUUCCGUGGGAAAAAAAACUACCUUAUACAUUCUUCACUUUUAUACGGCGUUAUUUAUUUAUUGGACUGUCGCUUCCUUUGUAAAUAUUUAUAUAGAUGUAUAUAUAUAUUUUUUAUAUUUAUUUACCUGUGCUGCUGCUGCUAAAAAAAGAAAAAAAAAAGGACUGCAGAAAAAAAUGUUUAAAUUAUCAUUUAAUUGCCAAAGGCUUCAGAACCGAUGGGUUCUACUUGCUCCCCUGUCUCUGCUGGACUCUAUGGUGACCCCAGUACAGCUGUUGUUGUACUGGGAGGCAGUGAAAUUGGAGGGAGCUUUGAAGAGGACAUGACGGGGGCUAGCGACGACUCAAGAACCCCCCACGUGACUCUUCUGACUUCCGAAGAAACCUCAUGGAUGGACUUAUUAUUUAUUCAGGAAAUGAUCCUGAGACUUCUUUUUGAUCCAAAGCGUUUAUUUAACUUAUAGAUGGUUUAUCUAUCCCUAAUACUGUUUAUAGCUUUGUUAUGUUUGUAAAAUUCAGACCUAUUAAACGUAUAUUAA